ACAGAUAAAUAAAAAGAAUUCAAAAUGGCAUUAGAUCAAGGAUCAAUGAUGUAUGAUUACAUCGUGUUUAUUGUAUUAGUAAUUGCAAGUACACUAGUUGCUGUAUAUAGCAAAUAUUCUGGACCAAAAGAAAAAACUAAGAGUGAUUAUGUAUUUGGUACGGUUGGUGCUGUGUCAAUGGGUGCUAUGAUGAUAUCAAUUGCCCGUGGAACAUUAGGUGUACGAUCAUUUCUGGGAUAUCCCUCGGAGUAUAUAUAUAGGGGGACUGGAAUGUGGGAAACAUUGUAUGGAAUGUUAUUAGCGUAUCCAAUUGUUUGUUAUGUGUUUGUACCUGUUUAUUACAGUUUAGGUAUAACUUCAGUUUAUCAAUAUUUGGACAUGAGAUUCAAAUCACGCCUUGUACGUUGUUUGGCAUCAGCGACAUUCAUUAUCCGUUCUAUAUUAAAUCUUGGCGUCACAGUAUUUACACCAUGUAUUGCAUUGAACACUGUUAUUGGAUUACCAUAUUGGGUAUCAAUUUUUGGAAUAACUGGAAUUAGUAUCGCAUUUACAAUAAUGGGUGGAUUAAAAGCUGCAAUUAUGGCAGAUGUUGUUCAAGGCAUAACAAUGAUUGCUGUUAGUGUAGUUGUAAUAAUACAAGGAUGCAUUGAAGCUGGUGGCGUUUCAAAUGUUCUUCAAAUUAAUAAAGAACGUUCUCGAUUGGAAUUUAACAAUUGGGAUUGGGAUCCUACUAUUCGUGUGACAACACCAACAGCUAUAAUUGGUCAACUAUUCAUGUCGCUUACCAUCUUUGGAUGUAAUCAAAAUUUUGUACAACGUUAUUGCAGUAUGAAGUCAGAAAAACAAAUUAGAAAAACGUUACUUUUAAACAUGCCAUUGAUUACGGUGUUAUUCAGUUUAUCUUGGAUCGUCGGCAUGGUUAUAUUUGCAGUAUAUGCUAAUUGUGAUCCAUUGAGUACUGGAUAUAUUAAAAAAAUUGAUGAAAUCGUUCCGUUUUUCAUUGAAGAUCAAUUUUAUUUCUUACCUGGUAUUCUUGGAUUAUUUAUGGCGACAUUAUUCAACGGUGCUUUAAGUUUAUCAGUGUCAAUAUUAAAUUCUUUGGCAACUGUCACAUGGGAAGAUUUCGUCAGUCAUAUUCCAGUAUUUCAAAAUUUUAAAGAAACAAAACAAGUUGUUAUAAUAAAAAUUAUUGGAUCGUGUUAUGGAAUUGCUGUUAUGGGUGUCAGUUUCGGUAUUGGAAUGUUAUCUGGUGUAAUUGAAUCAUCUAUGUUGGUGACAUCAGUCACAAGUGGUCCAUUGCUUGGAGUAUUUAUUUUGGCUAUGUUAAUUCCAUGUGCAAAUUGGAAAGGUACAGCAGUUGGUAUGAUUGUAAGUCACAUCUUGACUAUGUGGCUUGCUAUUGGUGGUUUAACUGUUGAAAAACCACCUGUAGUCACAUUACCAUUGUCUGUUGCUGGAUGUCAUAAUGAAAGCUAUAACGAACAUAUUAUGUUACCCGAUCAAGUUUGGCCAAUGGAAGCAAUUCCAGUAAAUUGGGACCCUACUAGCGAUGUCACGACUCAAAUGGCUGCUUCCAAGGAUGUAAUGACACAAAUAUAUUCGGUAUCAUACAUGUAUUACGGAUUGAUUGGAACCAUGAUAACGCUCGUUGUUGGAAUUACAGUAUCGUUAAUUACUAGUUCGACAGAUGAUGACGUUUACGAUGAACAUUUAUUGCAUCCAUUGGCAUUGAAGUUCAGUCGUAUGUUCCCAGGUAAACCAAGACAAUAUUCAUUAAGGACGACUACACCAGCAUCUACUUCUAGUACUACUGUAACAGAAAAAACACCAUCUGAAAAAGCUGAAAAAGAAAGUAAAAACAUUGAUAAAUUUAAGAUGAUUUCAGAAAACUCUAUUUCCAAAUUAUAAUAUAUCAACAUAUAUUUUUUGAAGAAAAACAUAGAAUGCGAUUUAUAAAAAUUUACUCAU